CCCCUCCCAUCCUCGUUCGAGCCCUCGUCCGAGUCCUCGUCCGAGUUUACGCUCCGCGUCGACCAACCCCAUCAUCCGUCGUCGCGCCCGCGCCCGCGCCCGCGCCGCCAACCACACCCCGUCUUGUUCCGAUCUCGAAAGCCACCGGCGACCGGACGAGCCGCCGCUAGGCCUGAUCGACGAAACGACGGCGCCACGUGCCAGGUCUGACUUGUGCCGCCGGCAACCAUGAGCAUGAGCAGCAGCCGGAUGGAUGCAGGGCUUCCAGCCCAGCCAAACCUGCGCGUCACAAUCAUCGCUGCAGAUGGCUUGUACAAGCGAGAUGUCUUCAGGUUUCCCGACCCCUUUGCGGUUGCCACCAUAAACGGCGAGCAGACCAAGACGACGACGGUUUCCAAGAGGACACUCAAUCCCUACUGGAACGAGAGCUUCGACUUUAAGGUGAAUGAGGACAGCAUCCUCGCCGUACAGGUCUUUGACCAGAAGAAGUUCAAGAAGAAGGACCAGGGGUUUCUCGGAGUCAUCAAUAUCCGCAUAGGCGAUGUCAUCGAGUUGACUCCUGAAGCUGAUGAUCAGAUGCUCACGCGAGACCUCAAAAAAUCCACGGAUAACCUUGUCGUACACGGAAAGCUCAUCAUUAACCUGUCAACCAACCUGACAGUUCCGACUCGCAUGCCGCCAUCAUCGACACUACCAUCUGGCAACAGCCGGCCCUCCCUGCUCAGCCCCCAGCCUUCUGCUCUCUCGAACGGUGACCGUGCGUCUGAAAGGCCCUCGUCCGCCAUGUCCGGCCCCAACGGCACGCCUGCGGUCGGCCAGACGAUGAAUUUGCCUCAUCGCCCGGCGAGCUUGGUUUCCACACAGUCGGCCACUUCGCCGACGGUGAACGGGUCGGGACAUCCGCACCAUCCGAGCAGCACGCUGAGUCCCUUCGAAGAUGCGCUGGGCAGGUUGCCAGCGGGGUGGGAGCGCCGCGAAGACAAUCUCGGGAGGACAUACUAUGUCGACCACAACACGAGGACUACGAGCUGGAACAGACCGACGGGCACGGGAGCGGCCGAGACCCGCAACGCCGAGGCGACCACGCAGGCCGAACGCCAGCGGCACCAGAACAGAACACUGCCCGAAGACCGCACGGGGGCGAACUCACCGACGUUGCUGGCGCAGCAGGCCGCCACACAGGCCGCCAGCGCCUCGACCAUGCUGCACACGGGCACGACGGCGCCCGGGACGGGCGAGCUUCCUCCCGGCUGGGAACAGAGGUUCACGCCGGAAGGCAGGCCGUACUUCGUCGACCACAACACGCGGACGACGACAUGGGUGGAUCCGCGUCGCCAGCAGUUCAUCCGAAUGUACGGCCCGCAGAGCAGCUCCAACGGCACCAUCCAGCAGCAGCCCGUCUCGCAGCUCGGUCCCCUGCCGAGCGGUUGGGAGAUGCGGCUGACCAACACGGCGCGGGUCUACUUUGUGGACCACAACACCAAGACGACGACCUGGGACGACCCGCGGCUCCCGUCGUCGCUCGACCAGAACGUGCCGCAGUACAAGCGCGACUUCCGGCGCAAGCUCAUCUACUUCCGGUCGCAGCCGGCCAUGCGCAUCCUCUCGGGCCAAUGCCACAUCAAGGUCCGCAGAUCGCACAUCUUCGAGGACUCGUUCGCCGAGAUCUCGCGGCUGUCGGCCACCGACCUCAAGAAGCGGCUGAUGAUCAAGUUCGACGGGGAGGACGGGCUGGACUACGGCGGCCUGUCGCGCGAGUUCUUCUUCCUGCUGUCUCACGAGAUGUUCAACCCCUUCUACUGCCUGUUCGAGUACUCGGCGCACGACAACUACACGCUGCAGAUCAACCCGCACUCGGGCAUCAACCCGGAGCACCUUAACUACUUCAAGUUCAUUGGGCGGGUGGUCGGUCUGGCCAUCUUCCACCGGCGCUUCCUCGACGCCUUCUUCAUCGGGGCGCUCUACAAGAUGAUGCUCGGCAAGCCGGUGGUGCUGGCCGACAUGGAGGGCGUGGACGCCGACUUCCACCGGUCGCUGAAGUGGAUGCUGGAAAACGACAUCUCGGGCGGCAUCCUGGAGCAGACCUUCUCGACCGAGGACGAGCGGUUCGGCGUCGUCACGGUCGAGGACCUCAUACCCAACGGGCGCAACAUCGAGGUGACCAACGAGAACAAGAAGGAGUACGUGGAUCUGAUGGUCAAGUGGCGCAUCGAGAAGCGCGUCGCCGAGCAGUUCGCGGCUUUCAAGUCCGGCUUCGAGGAGUUGAUCCCGCAGGACCUCAUCAACGUGUUUGACGAGCGCGAGCUGGAGCUGCUGAUCGGGGGCAUCGCCGAGAUCGAUGUCGACGACUGGAAGAAGCACACGGACUACCGCGGCUACACCGAGUCGGACGAGGUCAUCCAGUUCUUCUGGCAGACGGUGCGGUCGUGGGACGGCGAGCAGAAGUCGCGGCUGCUGCAGUUCACCACGGGCACCUCGCGCAUCCCGGUCAACGGGUUCAAGGACCUGCAGGGCAGCGACGGGCCGAGACGGUUCACGAUCGAGAAGGCGGGCGAGAUUACGAACCUGCCCAAGGCACAUACUUGUUUCAACCGCUUGGAUCUCCCGCCGUACAAGACGCUGGAGAUGCUCCAGCAGAAGCUGACGAUUGCUGUGGAGGAGACGAUGGGCUUCGGGCAGGAGUAAUAAGAAACGCGGAGCAGGUUUGUGCGAGCUGGUGCGGUUUUGGUGCCUUUCUCCCCCUUUUGCA